AUGGAGCGCACAGAGGGAGCACGUGCUGAGGGUGCUCCCACUGAGGGCGCUGCCGUUGAAGGCGCUGCCAUUCAGGGCCCUCCCGCUGAGGGCCCUAUAGUUGAGGGAGCUGCCAUUGAGGGUGCUGCCGCUGAGGGCGCUCCCGUUGGGGGUCCUAAAGCUGAGGGCGCUGCUAUUGAGGGCCAUUCCGUUGAGGGUGCUCCCAUUGAGGGUGCUCCAGCCGAGGGCGCUCCCCAUGAGGUGGGGCGGCCAGAUAUUGGCGAAGCGCCUCCACCAGCUGUUUCAACAUCCGAAGAAAUGGCUUCCCAAGAGCCCCAAGCUGCUGUCAGCCUUGGUGCUGAAAGCGCUGUGGAUGUGUCUGAAGGCGACCGUGGCAGAGGUCCUGGAGGCCCACAGGUUCCCGACCCAGAGGCUGGAGUCCCAGAGGCUCAAGGCCCACAGGUUCCAGAUUCAGAGGUUCGAAUCCCAAAGGCUAGAGGCGCAAAGGCUCGAGGCCCUCAGGUUCCAGGCCCGAAGUCUGGAGGCGCAAAGUCUCGAGUUCCCCAGGUUUCAGGGCCAAAGGCUGGAGGCCGAAAGGCUGGAGGCCGAAAGGCUGGAGGCUCAAAGGCUAAAGGCCCAAAGGCUGAAGGCCCACAGGGUACAAUCCCAAAGGCUAGAGGCGCAAAGUCUCGAGGCCCAAAGGUUCAAGGCGCUACGGCUCAAGGGUCACCGGUUACAGGCCCCCAAGUUGCAGGCCCACAGUUUCCAGGCAGACAGGCCCGAGUUGCACAGGCUCAAGGCGCAGAGUACCUAGGUGCAGGGGCUCCUCCAGUCACACAGGCUAGGUCCCGGGGAAAGCGUCGCAAGACCGCCGCUGGUAAAAGUCUUGAAAGGGCCAUGAAAGUUUCAGAAGCUGCUUUGAGGGCUGUGGAUCCCAACCAGCAGGGGAACGUGCCUGAGUGUCCUGGCCAGCAGGAACAGGCUUAUGCUGUUAGGAAUAUUAUACAUUCUAGAGGUGUUGCCAUGAAGGAUAAACUAAAAAUUGACUUUGCUUUCCAUUGGAAUGUCAAUAUUAAUCUUCUCUGCUUUUCUUUAGCUGAUGGACAUCAUGCAGUUGUUCAGGUAGACAAUGUCUCACUGCCUGCUAAGCUGGUUAAUUUGCCUUGUGUUAUCGGAAGCCUGAAAACUGUUGAUAGAAAAACAUUUUAUAAAACAGCAGAUAUUUCUCAGAUGCUUGUAUGCAGUGCUGGUAGUGAGCCUCAGUCAUCCCCAGAAGAAUCAGCUACCUGUACUGAUCCUACUGUAGCUGGAAAUGAUGAAGAGAAGAUAGAGAAAAAGAAAUAUAACUGGAAGCAUGGCAUUACUCCACCACUUAAGAAUGUCAGAAAGAAACGAUUCCGGAAAACAACAAAGAAGGUUCCUGAUGUCAAACAAAUGGAUGAAAUCAGUUUCAGCGAGUAUGCUGAAUCUCCAAACGUGGAAAAAGAACUGAAGACACUGCUAUGCUCAGAUGCUGAAGCCACCAGUGUCCGCUGGGAAGUCAUUGCUGAUGAUGAAACCAAGGAAAUAGAAAGUCAAGGGUUCAUCUCAGGCCUGCCAGGAACCCCACAAAUGCGUGGUCCUAGGUCAUCAGACUAUGAUAUGCUUCGAGAGAUGCUUGGUGAUUCUGGCAGUAACAGUAAUGAUGUGGAAGAAAAUGAUGAUAAAAUUGAAGAUGAGGAUGAUGAAGAAACAAGUGAUGGUGAUGAUGAGGAUGAGGAUGAUGAAGAGGAUGAAGAGGAUGAAGAGGAUGAAGAGGAUGAAGAGGAUGAAGAAGAAAAGGAGAUAGACAAUUCUGAAGCGGCCUUAGAAAGAGAGCUGCAAGUCAGAUUUAUUCAACAUGGCUUCUAUGAAACGGACAAAGAUUACAGGUUAAUAAUCACAAAAAUUCAGAAAUUGAUUCAUUACAAAGAAAAAAAGCUCCAACAGAUUUAUAAAAAAGCACAACGCCAGAAAGAGCUCCUUAGGAAUGUGGAAAACUUGACCCUUAAGAGGCAUUUCCAGUAUGUUUUGGGGCAGCUUAACAUAUUGGAAAAACAAAAGCGUGAGGAGAUUUAUCACCUGCGAGAACAACUGAAAUGUUUUCUGAGGGAGUGAGGAAACCCUCAGCAUAGCUAUAAGGUGGAUUCACCUUCCAGAUGAAGACCAGGUGGAACCACUAGAUACUUUGUCUUGACCAACUGUAUUUGCUUAUUUGAAUAUUUUUCACUAGUUAUAGUAAAUUUAAAGCUCAUAGUAAUAUAGAAGGGAACAUUAUAAAAUGCAUUAUAGGUUUAGAGACCUCCUCACUCAACAUGAGAUUUUGUUUUUCUUUGUCAAUCUAA